UCUGCUGAUGUGCCGGUGUAGGGUGUUUGAUGGUUUCGUAACACAACAUUGUUUAGCGUGUGGACUUGUCUAUAUGUUAUCUCUCUCUGCGGUGUCACUAACAGCUUUCUGAGCGCUGCUGUUCAAACAGGGCGGGCGCUUUUCUUGCUGUAGCUAACUGAGCGUUGCAUCCGUAGCUGGCUAACAGAAGCUAACGGCGGCUAGCUGCUGCUGAGUCGAUACAUCGUAUUAGCACCUAGCGUCAGAAUGGGUGAGGAAAUUAACGACAACCUCGUCAACACGGGCAGCGGGACCGCCAACGACACCGGCAAUGAGGGCAACGGCGACAAAGUGGACGCCGGCGUAAAGUAUUACACGUUAGAGGAGAUUAGAGUACAUAAUAUGAGUAAUGACACAUGGCUCAUCAUCCACGACAAAGUAUACGACAUCACGGGUUUCCUUGAAGAGCAUCCGGGAGGUGAGGAGGUUUUGCUGGAGCAGGCGGGUUCCGACGCCUCCGAGAGCUUUGAGGAUGUGGGUCACUCCACAGACGCCAGGGAGAUGCUGCAGCAGUACUUCAUCGGGGAGCUUCACAUGGAUGACAGAAAACAGGAGACGUCGAAGGAGGUAGAAGUCUCAAAUUCAGGCGAAUCCAGCAGCUCCUGGACCAUGUGGUUGAUACCUGCAGUGGCGGCGGCCGUCAUCGGCGUCAUGUAUCGCUUCUACAUGCUGGAGCACAAGUCCUCCUGAGUGCUGGUGUUCCUGUUUUCAUGUCAUUCUUUUUAUAUGGAGGCCUUGAAAUGUUUGACCAAAACCUCCUCUCUCUCUCUGAACGCACACAAUUAAGGAGUUGUCAGCAUUCUGUGCAACAGAAAGAGGAAGGCAGCAGUUUGAUAAAGUCCUCAUCAGAGUGCACCGAAUAGACAGAGCUGGGCGGUGACUUUAUUAAACCGUCUGCCUUCACUUUCUUUAUGUUUCAUUGUCACUAUGCCUGUUGUCAUUGUUGUUAAGUGUUUAACUUAAGUUUUCAUAUGCAUUUGUCGCCUCUUGGUUUUCAUACAUCAUCACGUAAACAGAUGAAAGGGAGAUGCUAGGUCAGCAGCUAUCGUCCGACUUUUUAUACACGACUUCCGUAAACUCUGGUGCGUUUUCUUGGGAUUUUAUCGAAGUACGAAAUGUUACCACAGAACUCUGAAUACAAAUCUUGGGAUUAUUUCACUCACUGCUCUCGCUAAACGAUGCCUGAUUUCAUUUAUCACUUGGUUGCAAACACGUCAUCUUUCCAAUUAUGUAAAUGUGGUGUCAAAUCUUUUGUGUUUGUUCCUAUUUGAAAAUUGUGGUUUAUUAUGUUGUAUCUGAUUAUUUAAGACAGAAUGUGCUCUGACUUGUCCCCUCUUUUUUUUCAGAAAUCAGUGUAAAUGUUCAAAGCAGCUGAUAAAUGUUUGGGGUUUGUACCGAUGCAGAACAACUUUAUCAUGACGACUGAAUACCCUUGAAAGAGAAAGUACUUGUUGUUUGAGCGUUCUGUUUCUAAUUUUUUUUCUCUAUGCCAUUUGUUAUUUAACUUGAUGCUUUUUUCACAACUUUUUGUUUCGUCGUAAUGCAUCUUAAUUUUUGGGUGAGUGAUGCAGGCGGCUGUCACUGGAGGGUUCGAAUUGUAUUUAACGACGUCUGCUGUGUGUUUGUUGUUGGGCCGCUGGUGGUUAAUUGGGAGACUUUGCAGAUGGUUUCCAUCAGUCCACUUCUUUAAUGAUUAUUUUAUGUACUAAAUCUUUUCUCUAGGUUGUCAAUUUGGCCUGCUUAGAAAUGUUUUGGUUUAGGUAGCAUUUGUAAAAUUACUAAAUUUAUUAAACAUUCUGAAAUAUGCAUUUAACUUCACGUGUCUAUGGGGGAAAAAAAGCAUUUUCCAAAAAGACUAUUUUAAGUCCAUUUAUUACCAACAUGUCCGUUCAUAGAAGUUUCUGAAUAGAACUUGCUGCUAUUUUUACACGUGACUACGAUGUUACUCGCAGAUUUAGUUGGUUGACUUCAAAGAUAAACAUUUGCCAUGUCUUUGCAUUUCAACUGCCAUUUCCUGUCAUUAAAAGUCUCUUUGAAUAAAAUGAAUCUUGAGGUGCAA